AAUUCACUCACGCCAAUCUCCCUUCUCUCUUCCCCUAAACCAUGAACCUCUCAUUUACUUCCUCCUCCUUCUUCUUCCUCCUCUUCCUCUUCCCUCUCCAAGCCCACGCUUCCUGCCAAACUACUCCCAACUCCAAUGACUUAGAAGAAUUUAAAAGCUUCGUUUCCCUCAAAUCCAUCGCCCUCGUCUCCAUCCUUGCUGCCGGAGCCGCCGGCGUCCUCAUCCCCAUUCUCGGUCGCUCCAUCCCCCUCCUCCGACCGGAAAACGACCUCUUUUUCUCCGUCAAAUCUUUCGCCGCCGGCGUCAUCCUCUCCACCGCCUUCAUCCACAUCCUCCCCGGCGCCUUCGCUCGUCUCACCUCUCCCUGCCUCCCAACCCAUCCAUGGCAGGCCUUCCCGUUCGCCGGAUUCAUCGCUAUGUUGUCAGCCAUGGGAACCAUGAUGUUGGAUUCUUUUGCCACUGGGUACUAUAAAAGAUCUCAUUUUAAAAAAGCUCGGCUCUUUGAUGACGACAUGGUGGCUGGAGAUACUGAGGCGGCUCAUGCAGGGCACCUGCACGUGCAUACUCAUGCCAGUCAUGGACACGCGCAUGGGCCGGCGUCCGGCGGAGGGUCGCCGGUGGCGGAGGCGUCGAUGGAGGAGAAAAUCCGGCACAGGGUUAUAUCACAGGUUUUGGAGUUGGGCAUUGUGGUCCAUUCUGUAAUUAUUGGAAUUUCACUGGGUACAUCUUACAGUGCGAAAACAAUAAAGCCUCUAGUGGGAGCCCUGAGUUUCCAUCAAUUCUUCGAAGGCAUUGGACUUGGUGGCUGUAUUGUUCAGGCAAAUUUUAGAGCUCGGGCAACAGUGAUAAUGGCCAUCUUCUUCUCAUUGACGGCUCCAUUUGGAAUCGCGUUGGGAAUCGCGGUCUCUUCAAGCUACAAUUCAGACAGCUCAACAGCACUUAUAAUUGAAGGUGUGUUUGAUGCAGCUUCUGCAGGGAUUCUUAUAUACAUGUCUCUCGUAGAUUUAUUAGCAGCAGAUUUUACAAACCCUAGAAUGCAGAGCAGUUUGAAGCUUCAGCUUGCAGCGCACCUCGCUCUCCUCCUUGGCUCCGGUUUCAUGUCCAUUUUAGCUAAAUGGGCAUAA